AUGGAUGUUGCGGGCCUUGCAAUCGGUAUCGUGGGCCUCUACACGGCAUGCAGGGACUGUUACGAUUUCUUCACCACAGUGAAUGCAGCCCAGGCAGAAUCCUCAGCUCACCUGCGCGAGUUGGAAAUCCAGCAAUCAAUUCUCAAAGCCUGGGGCUUUCAUUGGCAGAUUCAAAACGAAGACGGCAGCGACCCAGGACAUUCCGAUCAUGCCAGACGAAAGCGGUCUAAGCUCCAUCAAUACCUCUUGAGCAAUCGAUUCAAGGCUGAAGGGGUCUUCAAAACCCUUUCCGCUCUUGCAGAUACUCUGUGCAACCGGGAGAAACUCAUCAAACGCUAUGGCUUCCAGCUUCAACCAACCCAAGCCAUCCAGGAUGGAACAAUAUCGACGCAUGAUGUCCAAUUGAUCAUUUCGGAUGCUAAAAUUGAGGAUGUCGAGCCAGUCCUCAAUGAAGUUCGAAACCGCCUCUCGAUGCUUAACAAGCUCAAAUGGGCUUUGAAAGACAAAGAAAAGUUCAAGAAACUUAUCGCCGAUUUGAGAUCUCAUAGCGAGAAUCUGUAUCGCCUUUGCCCCGAAAAUGCAUUCGAGUCCAUGAACAUAUAUCUCACCAUGGAAUGCUUGGCCAGGCAGGAGUCGCCAGACGGUCUGAAAUGGACUUCAACACUCGCGACAGAGCACGCAAGAGUCGAUGAAGAGUCUUUGGUGCGACAGGGAUACGAAUUGCUGGCUUCGACGGCCACACUGAAAGCAUCGGUAAACAAGAACAGAGAAAGAAAGGAGGCGAAUGACAGGAGUCUCAGCAUCAUCGACGAGAUAAAACCUGAGAUGAGAUACCUAGGAAAGGGCCUUGCACUUUUCGAAGAGCAAGUCGUUUACGUCGAGAUGCGAGACUAUCGUGGACCGCCGCUAGACUUCACCGCAGAGCAAAAACAACGAUUGAAGCAUCGUCGAAAGCGGGAGCGUUUCUUGUCAUUGUCAUCCCAUAGAAGUUUUGACUUGAGUCAGAUCGAUCGAUACAGCAGCAGCGACGACGACGAGCCGAUCGAGAGAGUCAGACCAGCUGAUCCUGAGCUUCGUGCUCUUAUUAGGAAUUUCUUCGACACCUUUCAGGGCGCCAACAUGAUGAAGAAUGUGUAUGGUUUGGAUAUUGUUGGUAUGAUCGACCACACAGAAGGCGACGACAAAGGUCAUUGCAGCAUUCUGUACAGGCUCCCCGGCACGAUUGGUGUCCAGAGCCGCGAGCGGCCUGCGGAAAAUCUGAAGCUUCGAGCACCUGUCACGUUGCAGUCACUCCUUGGAACCAAGCGGAAGAGAGGCAUCCGAUCUAUGCUCGGUGCACGUUUCGAGCUAGCCAGGAAGCUUGUGCGUGCGGUUUGCCUCCUUCACUCCAGUGGCUGGCUGCACAAGAACAUACGCGCAGAGUACGAGGUGAAAGUUGAAAUUGAUGUCUCCAAGCCCAACCUGAUGGGCUACAUCUUCUCACGGCCGGACGAUAUCGUCAUUCAAACCAUUCAAACAAGUUCGCCACCUGCGCCUGACCCAAAAACAGAAAGACGAUACUCACGGAUAUCAUAUACUACACAAACUUGGAGUAGUCCGCACGAGGACUCGUCAAAUCGUCGAAAAUCAACUCCUCGAAGUGCCAGCAUAUACGGUCGCGAUAAGCUAGGGAAGGUAGUCUCAGCUGAGGAGGCAAAGGAGACAAACAUCAGUGGCUUCACACUUGACUAUUAUCAGCAUCCUGCGAAGCACGCAGACCCUAAGCGUCUAUAUCGUCACGCAUAUGAUGUAUACUCUCUUGGGAUUCUUCUCAUUGAAGUUGGCCUAUGGAAGAACUUGGAGAACGACAAUGACUCAGACUCGGACUCGGACUCCGACUCAGAGUAUAGCAAGAGUCCCUAUCAUGAGGAAGAAGAUCAUUAUGAGCGCAGGCGAAAGAUAUGUCGAAAGUAUCUCAACCGCUUAAGAUGGGAAUGCGGAGACACUUAUGCGGACGUUGUACUUAGUUGUCUUAUGAUUGAUAGCAGUGAUGAUGAAGUAGCCAAGGCGAGCGAGCGGGAGCUUUGUGGAAGAAUUGUGGCUGACUUGGAGAACUGCCAAGCGUAG